GCUCUGGCAUGUUGGGGAGAAUUGGAGACAAAGAUUCUAAGCAUAGAACUAACUAACAACUGCCUCUAAAGCUCUGUUCUCAGCAGGACUUCAUCACAGAAACCCGCAAAAAUGGUGCUCGAUCUUCUGGAAUGUUUUCGUCUUUUCCUCUUGUUUUUGGGAUUAUGGAUGCCAGCAUGUCCACUUAAUCUUUGGCCUAAAAGACUCACCAAGGCCCAAUGGUUUGAAAUUCAGCAUAUACAACCUAAAUCUCUUCAAUGUAACAAGGCAAUGAAUGUUGUCAAUAAUUAUACCCUGCAUUGUAAACCUGAAAACUCCUUUCUGCAUGAUUUCUUCCAGAAUGUGGCUGCCACAUGUAAUUUGCCCAACAUUGGCUGCAAGAAUGGCUGGAAAAACCGCCACCAGAGUCCAAAGCCUGUUAACAUGACUCAAUGCAGUCUCACCUCAGGAAAGUAUCCUCUCUGCCGUUACAGAGAUGCUGCCCAAUACAAGUUCUUUAUUAUCGCCUGUGAAACUCCUCAGAAGAAAGACCCUCCCUAUAAACUGGUUCCUGUACAUUUAGAUAAGCUUGUUUAA